AUGCGGGUCGCCUUUAAAGACCACGACCAGUUUUGUCGCGUCAUUGGACCGCAGCCUAGAACGUCAUCGCGUUUGAUUUUGACGGCCCAAAAACAGCCCGGCUUGUCGGACGUGUUUCGCCUGCCCUUGCCCUCCGGUGCGAAAGCAAAGAGAAUUUACAGUUGCUGCCUGUCAGUCAAGUCUGAAAUCAUGGCUGCCCCAGAUACCCAUGCUCCGCCCCCACGGAACGGUCGCUUCCUGAUGGUGUUCGACUUUGACGAGACAAUCAUCAAUGAAAACAGCGACGAUGCAGUGGUACGAGCUGCACCCGGGCAAACUCUGCCCAACUGGCUCCUUGAGUGUUACCGACCUGGUCAUUACAACGAACACAUGCAGCGUAUCCUGGCCUACAUGGCUCAGCAGGGUGUGCAGGAGGACGCCAUCCGCACUGAGAUAGAGUGCAUCCCCGCAUCCCCUGGUUUACCCGCCCUUCUGACCUUCCUCCGCUCCAGGCCACAAGACUUUGAGUGCGUGGUGUUGUCCGACGCUAACAUGUAUUUCAUCGAGACCUGGCUGAACAAAGCCGGAACGCGGCAACUUUUCUCCGAGGUCUUCACGAACCCCGCGAGUUUUGACGGCGAUGGACGUCUGGUGCUGCUGCCCUUCCAUGCUCACGGGUGUCCGCGAUGCCCAGACAACAUGUGCAAGCAGGUAAUCCUGCAGGACUACCUGGCACGGAGAGCACGGGAACGAGGCAGCCCCUUCCAAAGGGUGUUUUACAUUGGGGAUGGGGCCAAUGACAUCUGUCCCACACUGGCUCUGGGGGAGAAGGACACAGUCUUCCCCCGGAGGGAUUUUCCUAUGUACCGCAUCAUCCAAGACAUGCAGAAAGGUCAGCCAGGCACUUUCAAAGCAUCUGUGGUGCCCUGGGCCAAUGGAGAGGAUGUAAUGGACUGCCUGAAGAGAGCAAUAGAGGAGAGAUGA